UAUCAGAGGAAGCUUACGGAUAAAAACACCUUCAUCAACAGCAGGCACAAACUUUGGAAGCUUGUCCAAAUCCAAAUCCAAAUCCAAAAAUAUCACUAUUUCUACCAAUGUUGAUAAUCCAAAUCUUUCACUAGGCACAGUAGCAGCAUCCAGCCUGAACCCCGACCCUAUACCCAUGGAUGCAGAAUCGCGGUGGAGGGAUCACCACAUAAAACGUCAGUGGGCACAAGCGCUAAUCAUGGAGUCCAUGGAGCCUGUAUUAUCGCGUCACCUCAGGCACGCCAUCAAAUCCGUCCUUCAUUUCACUAGUGUCGGACCUGAGACUAUGGAUCUGAAGGCCGCAAGCCAUGGAAUGGGCACACUAGAUUCUCUCAUGGCACCAAUCAUGCUGCCUCUUAAGACACCAAUUGUAAAUACAGAAGUAGUCAGGCAAGCACAAGCACAAGCACAGGCGCAAAUCAACUCUUAUCCAACAGAUGCUCUUUCAAAAACAACAUCAGCAACUGCAACGGGAUUAUCAAUACCCGCAAUAAAUAAUGUUACGAAGACACUCACUACAGCUCUGGAGCCCCCACUACCAAUCGAGCCCUCUGCCGACAAAAGUCUGUCUCGUUCUACUUCAUUGCAAAGAGAUGCCUCACAAACUACUGCAACAAACAUCAACAACAAGAGCAACUCAUCGCCUCCCCCUACUUCACCAGGCCCUAUUGUGGUAAGAGGCUUCAGCUCACCGUCAUUGCCACCACCAUCAACGCCAUCAUCGCCAUCGACAGUAGACUCAGUAGGGUCGAAGUCAAUAGAGAGAACAACGUCCCCUAUUUUAAAACCCAAAGAGAGACAGCUUUCAGCUGAUUCUCUUUCUCACCAGGGUUUCCACCAAUCCAGGAUGUCAGAUGAUCAGAGCAUUAUCAAGGCUCUCAUUACACCUGAGCCGCCAUCAAAAGGAAUGGACAUUAGUCUGCGUAGCUUUGGGUCUCCUAAUAAUGAUGCUCAAGGGACAGAUAUUGUAGAGUCACGAAAUAAUGAGGAACAAAUGCCACAUAAUCAUCAGCAACUUCAGCCUCAGUCCCGCUCCUCACAACUAUGGACUAGAGUCCGACGGGUCGUCCAGGGUGACUUUAAGCAGCAAGGCGGUCAUAACAAUGCUAAUCCAUCCCGAAAUACAGUCUACAUGACUGCUGGAAGUGUCGCAAAUUCACCAGCGCGAACAUUGUCAGAAACACACUUGUCUUCAACAUCUCGACCUGUAUCAACAUCCUCCUCCGCAUCUUCUAAUCCUGCAAUGCCUUCUUUCAGUAGUAGUGCGCUGAGUUUGCUAAGCGAAGAUCAAAUGUCACCUCAACUGGGGCCUAGAAUCAAUACAUCUAGCCUAAGGACCUCUGUCGUGUUCGAGACACCUCCAGAAACGGCUGCAAAUUCUCCAAGGCCAGCAUCGCCCACCUCACCCAUCUCACCCAUUUCACCCACCUCUCUAACCUUCUCCAUAUCUCACCUUCGCUCGAGCUCCACUCACCGGCAUAGCUUACCCGGCCUCGCCCGUAAAUCGUCGACAAAAAGCCCAGCUCCAGCAGAGGUGACAACAGCAGAGUCUAGAGUUAAUCAAUUCGUGUAUUCUAAUCAAUAUUUACGCCCAGAAUCAGAAACAAUUGGCCGAGAAUCAGCGCAGAGCCCUAUUCCAACUCCUAGUGCUUUGGAUAGAACAACCAUGAAGAACGCACCACAGGCAUCCAAAUUAUCAGAGGAUGCAGAUGUUAAAACUUCAACUUCAAAGAAUACGCUUGGGCGCUCACGUUCGUCUUCAGAUGCUCAAUACCGACGACCAGCGCGACUACGUCACCAGAGUCAAGAGCAUCCGAUCAGAGAGGACCGAGACAUCGAUCAGUUCCUAUCAACAUAUCGACCUAUCCAACAAGCACAUGGGAUGUUGUCUCCAUCGCUGCAUCGUGACGGCCUUAGCCCUUCUAAGCUGAGGCAAUCAUCGAGCCAAGUGGAGCAGGACCAAGCUGAUACCCUUGAGCCCACUUCUCCCCAUCAGCUUGGCAAACAUGGUGCUAAUAAUAUUCGCCCAACUACCUUAAUAACUUCAGCGUCCAAGUCGGCAUUACCUCUUCCAACCACUAAAGAGGAACGACGCAAAUCCGCCAUUAGCUUCGGUUACUUCUUUAAUACAACAGAUGCAUCACGGGAUUCAGGCCGAAAUCUUGUGGAUCGCUCUGUUGCAGGCUCGUCUGCAGUGGGUAUUGUCAGUAGCAAUGGAACUAAAGGGAGCGAAGCAAUCCAUGUGAGAAGAACCAGCUUCUUUGAGCGUUCGACUCUAUCGUCUUCUCCCCCUGCCUUGACAUCUCUGGCUUCGUUGUUACAAUCAAGUUUACCAACUCUAUCACAAAGUAUGGUGGGGCCAGCCUCACCUUCACUUUCAAGGUCACCAAGUGCAGCCUCUACAUUGGCACAGGAGCAACAUCAGCGACGCCCUAUUGUACAUUCUCGAAUGGCUUCCGCAUCAACUGUUGCUGGAGCAGACCUCGGCAGCGCGUCUCAACACCUGGCAGCCAUCACAGCAGCAGCAGCAGCAGCAGCAGCAGCAGCAGCAACAACAACAACCUCAACUACAGGGUCGGUAGCUAUUAAUAGUGCUCCUGAGGAGCGUACAUCGACUGCUGCAACAAUAGAUUCCCCUCCAGCCCUUGCUCAUAUCCCUACUUCUGGUCUUGCUCGCGAACCAAAGAAAAAAGUUGCGCCGCUCAAGAUUACGCCUCUACUCCUUCCUGGAGUAACAAGUAUGCCUUCGCCAAUGUUCUUCCAACCUCUCAGUGCUUCUAUUCCUCGGCCCUUGACAGCCUUUGGUGGUGCUAGUGCUAUACCUCCACCGCUGGGGAGCGGCGGUGUUCCAUUGGACCGGUACUUUUUCACAGCUGAACAAGUCCAUGAAUGGAAUAUCCCUAGCUAUGGUCGUGUCAAGUUCACAGACCAUGCCCCCAUGGUCUUUCAAACCAUCCGCGAACAAUUCAACUAUACCCUUGCGGAUAUGGAUGAGGCUUUAUCACAGCCCAUGACAGUGAUGAAGACACCCGGGAAAUCCGACGCCGUCUUCUUUGCCUCUCAUAACCAUGGCAGGUUCCUACUCAAGACUCUCCGAGGUGCAGAGCCUGAGAAUUUAAAAGGGUUUCUGAGUGACUAUUUGGCCCAUAUUCAAAAAUUCCCUAAUACACUCUUGCCAAGAUAUUUGGGCAUGUAUACGUUUGAAAGAUUAGCAGGAGGCAAGAUUCUGGCGCCAGCAGGGGGAGGAAGCAAUGGGUCAACUACAGGGAUUGAAGGUAUUACCGGAGGCAUGAGUAGUGGCGCCGGUGGUGAUAGAGAUCAUCAUGGAUCAUCAGGUGGAGCAAGACCAUGGUCCACUAAGAACGAUGCUUCAGCAGCACAGCGUUUACAUCUUAAUGGGACACUGCUCUCUGCUGGGAAAGACGACGGACUUCCCUCGAAAGUGGUUGUGGUUGUAAUAGCGAAUGUGUUUGACACGCCUGAGGUCGUGCAUGAGCGCUAUGAUUUCAAGGGAUCGAAUGUAGGACGGAGAACCUUACCUAUAAACCGGCCACCAGUAACAACAACAACAUCAGCACUAGCAGCACUAACAUCUGCAAAUGGAUCAACAUUAAGUGUUAAUAUGCAGGACACCAUGCGACCAGAGAUUGGAAGAAGUUCGACAGAGGUGGAUUCCUUUAGUAGCGGAGGGCCGAUUGUGGAUCUGAUCAGAAGACGUUCUCGAAGGAGCGAACUUAGUUCAGUAGAAAAUCGCGCAUCUGUAUCAUCUAUGCAAUAUGAACUACCCUUUAUGAGACCAAGCAUGGAGGAGUCAGCGCCACCACUCUCCACAUCAGCGCCUGUUACAUCGUCGCAGGUUGUAGUAGAUGAUAUCAGUCAUCUUACCUUGAAGGAGAUGGAUUUUCAGAACAGAGUAUACACUGGCGAGACGCGUCUCAUCCAUUUGGGGCCACAGAGGCGAGUUGAGAUGCUUACACAACUGGAAGAUGACACUGCAUUGCUUCGUAAGCAUGGCUUUAUGGAUUACAGUAUACUCGUUGGCAUUCGCAUUAUUCCAAAAAUUCCAAUCUCAGAAAAUAAUGAUAAGGAGGAAAAGCAUCCCUACGAAUCAUCCGCUGACUAUAGUAGACGGGCAUCUGUAUCUUCAGGUGGAUCUGACGCAGAUGACAGUGACCUCGGUAGUGACAGUGAGAGUGAUGGUGAUGAUAUCGAUGGCAUGGCCCCGACGACAACAAUAACAACAGAGUCCGAACCAGUAGGCUCAGGCCAUCAACGAGACAACUCUUCUUUGACAAUGGAUCGACUUUGGCGAUUCAUAAAUCUAUCGCAGAGCAUGACUGUAGAGCAACGAAUGUUUUUGAAAGAUUUAGGUGAUAAAGCACAGGAGGCAUUAUGUGAGAUUUAUUUCUUUGGCGAGAGCAUGGUGAGGAUGGGCAAUGCCGCUAAUGAGGACAACAAUGGACAUCAUCGUCGAGUAAGCUCAGGACAUGCCAGACGACAACAGCUACAGUUACAGCAACAACAGCAACAACAACAGCAGUCGUCGGAGGUUGAAUUGCGAUCUGUAGGCUCAAGUCGACAAGAGACAAAGAGUGAGAAAAAGAAGAAAAAGAAGCACAAGAACAUCAAUAAACGUGAGAAGGUGCAAGGUGGAGAAGAAGAGGCAGACCAUUUUGACCCUGACUCCUUUCAGACUGUUCGUUACAAGCCUCGUAUGGCUGCAGCUGUCAAGGCCGGGGAAGCCCAUCAUGGCAGUAGCUUGCAGGGACCUGAGCUUUUAGAAAUGGCGAAUACUUCCACGAAUGCGACCAAGACUAAGGCCAAGGCCUUGUUGAGUCAACAACAACAAGAGUCAUCACAAAAGCAGGCUGAUGUUCCCAUAGCGGCGGCUUCAGGUCCAUCACAAAAUGGCCAGUCCAUUUACAAUAUCUCAUGGAAUCUGAAUCAACAACAACAACAACAACAACAACAGCAACAGCAACAGUACCAGCAAGCCUAUCAAAUGCCCAUUUGGUCACAGGGCGUACCAAGUGCAGAGGCGCCGGACGGAUUUGAAGCCGUCUACUACUUUGGACUGAUCGACAUCCUUCAAAAAUACAACCUAGUCAAAUGGCUUGAACGCAAUAUCAAGGGCGCUAAUGUGCGAUUACUAGGUGCAACUCCUGUCCCAACCCCUACUACUGCCACAGCACCCUCUUUGCCAGGCCCAUUGCCCAUCCCAACUCCAGGUUCAUUGCCAGUUCCGGGUUCAUCAUUACCGUUGCCGAAUUCGUUGACACAUGAUCGGACACCUUCGUCUUCUUCAAAUUUUUCAUCCUUGUAUCAGCUUUUACCACAGGCAACAGCAUCCGAACCUUCAUUGCCCUCAGCUCUAGAGCACUCACAUACACAUUCGCACUCACACUCGCAUCUGCCUGCUUCUGCAAAUCAUUCAACUCUCUCAGUUUUGUUAGAAGACCCAGAACGACUUUCCUUGUCUUCUUCCUCUACUUCUCCAGGUCAUCUUCCUUCAACAGCAACAGCAACAGCGAAUAGCAUCAAUAGAACAUCACAUCUAGAGUCAUCACCCUCACUAUCGUCAUCAUCUGGAUUCUCCUCUUCAAGAAUCAGCCAAGAAGAGAGUACCCUCUCUCCACCUUCAGAAGGAGGACAUGCUAUCACCGCUACUACUACUACUUCUACUACUACUGCUGCUACUACGCCUUCUUCAUCUCAUACCCCAUCAUCCUCUUCAUCCAACACGUAUUCACAGGCCACAACUACAGCUACAAGUGCUCCUACUGCUCGGUCACGUCUGAGUAGCCUAAGCACUUCUGUUCCGUUUUCGAAAUCGAUCAGUGCUCGACUAAGUCAAUAUAGUCAAAACAGUCAUUCAAGCCAACCGAGUCAUCAUAGCCAUCUCAGUGGACGAAGUAGAGAUUCGAGAUUGUCAUUUGAAAUUCGAGAAUCUGAUACUAUUUCUUCAUCUCAAUCAUUAUCGGCAUCUCCACCUUCCGAAGGUGGUCCUCAUCAUAAUAAUCAUCAGCAGCAGCACCAACAGCAACAGCAGAGGCUUCAUGUUUCUUACCCAAUCGCUCAACAUGCUGAGGUCUCUGUUGAAGAACCAGGCCGUUAUGCAGAGCGUCUGGUUGAAUUCAUGCGCGGAGUCAUAGUAUAAAUAACAGCAAAUUAUUAUGAUUUGAUGUUAA